AUGAUUGGCAAUGGAACAUUUCUUAGUUUACCAGAGAUAAAUCAUAAUCUUCAUCAUAAUGUCAGUCCAGAGAACGUAUCUUGUUCUGAAAAUCGAACAUUUCAGCUGUUUGACUUAUGGACAGUAAUGGAUUUAGCCAAUAAAGCUGUUGACCUCGAGGAAACGAUGAAUUCCAAUGUAAACCAUCUUGAAUAUGUUGUCAGACACUUGGAAGAUGCUCUUGUUAUUCGACAAAGGCGAAAGCGUUGUCGCAAGAAUAACAGCUCCAUUUCAGUUGUUCAGACCUCUGUAUCUAGUCCAGCUAGUACAAAUGAACAAUGGAUAAAUAAAGAUAACUCUUGGUAUUCAAUUCUCCCGCUCACAAUAACCCACAGCACUUUACGUUUUCAAUUCAACGGGACAGUUAUUUUAUUGGCUAGGUUUUUAGGUCAAACGACAAUAUUUUUUGGACCACAACUCUUAACUGACCUGUUAGCUGGUACACACUGGUAUCAAAGUGGAAAUUUUCCCCGCGUUACAUUCUGUGAUUUGGAUAUGCGAAGAAUGGGAAGUAAUUAUCAUCGAUAUACCCUACAGUGUGUCUUAGGCAUAAACAUGUUUAAUGAGAAAAUCUUCAUUUUUCUUUGGUUCUGGUUUACUGGCAUAACACUAAUGAACGUACACAGCUUCCUACAUUGGUGUUGUAGAUCGACUUUUCAAACAAGUAGAGCAUGCUUCAUAAGAAAUUUAUUGUUCAAUAAAGCUCAGAAUGCUGGUGAUACCAAAGCCUCAGAUGGAACACAGCAUGCUGAAUGUCAGUCAACAGGUCAUCAGUCAUCAACACGCACGACUCAUUCCAUACCUUCAGACAUCAAUCAGGAACAAUUAUCAUUAGCUGAUAAAAAAGCUUCAGCUUUUUUCACUGAGCUUGUGAACGCUACAUCAAAGUAUUCACGUACAACAAAGAAAUCAAUACCGAGUACUGAAAGAACACAGGAUGUUACUCCGAUCAAUGCAACACAGGUGUCUGAUAUUGUUCAAACUCCACCUAUUCCAGAAAGAAUGGAUAAAAUUAGGCAUGCUGAGGGAGUAAAUCCAUCCACAUCAUCUUUUAGUGAAUCAGACCGUAUUAUUCGAGUAAGAGCAAUGAAUAUUGCAAAUGCAGCAGGAGAAAUCAGUCAGUGUUCACGAACUUCACAAUCACAGUCUACAUAUAGUUCUGGCAAUUUUUUUAACAGUCACUAUGAUCACUGUUCACAUUCCGAUAGAAAUUCGUCAAUAAUUCAGGCAUCCGAAUUUUAA